AAGAAUUUUAUAGUACACGAGCAGCAGUACUGACGAGCAGUGGUGAGUGUCAGGGGUUGUCCGUAUACUUUUCUAACCUUGUUUCAAAAACUUGAAGUUUAAGGUGUGUGGAGUUUGAGGUUUGUAAUACUCCAUGGCUCCGAAAGGCAAAAGCGGCAAGCAUUACACUGCGGUUGAUAAAAAAAUAUUUUUAGAAAUUUUGAAAAAAUAUAAAAAUAUUGUUGAGCAAAAAAAGAGUGACGGAGGAUCUCUCCGUGAGAAAGAGUCAGCAUGGAAUGAAAUUGCUGACAAAUUCAAUGGUGUACUACAAAUCAGUGAGACGAGAACAGUGCCACAACUUAAAAAUCUGUGGUCUAACAUGAAACAGAGCCAGCGGGAUGCUUUGACCCAGGAAACGCAAGCACGUAUGGCUACUGGGGGUGGUCCGGAGAUUCCAGAGGCACAGGUAGACCCUGACAUUGCAGCAAUUGUGCCGCAUUUAAUGACUCUUGCCCCGACCGAGUUCAGUUCCAAUAUUAUUCCGGGGGAGCAAGCAAUAGCCAUGGGUAGCGUUCUGGAGAAUGACGAUGAUUCACUUUUUGAAUUUCAAGAUGUCGAAUACUUGUUAGAUGCGUCAAUUGAUAGACCACCGACAGAGCCUAUUCCAAGCUGUUCAUCAGGAAUCCCGGUGCCGACUUGCAAAAAAAUGCGUGCGGCGGCAAAGCGAAGUCGGUCAGAAUCAUCGAGCCAUUUUUCAGCGUCAAAAUCUAUAGCUCAGAAGGCGAUGGAGGAAGCUGUGACUCAGAGACUAGACGGUCUCUCAGCUGAGGACAGAGAGCUCUUUCAGAUGAAGAAAGACCGUGAGCAAAGAAUUUCAAAAUUAAUGCAAGAUAACCAAAACGACAUUCAUCUGCUGAAAGUUCAACACCUUUUACGAAUUCAAGAACUUGAAAUUAGGAAAGCCACAGCAGAAGCAGAGUUGGCUGAAUUCAAACUUGCACGUGAAAGGGACAACCUUUGAUCUGGAAGCUCCAAAUCGAUCGGUAGAGCGACGUUAUUGUUUUCUUUAGCAGACAACAUUAAUGGUUUUUCUUCUGUAGUCAUUGGAUAUCCUUUUCCAGGUGUGGAUUCCUUUAUCAAGUUCAAAAGCAGGAUCUCACCCAGUAGUAGUAUCUGGGAAAAUGGUGCCACUUCAGUCUGUUCCUGAAUAUGAGUUUGCAGGGCAAUAAGCUUCUCCGCAGGAUGAAGGAACACUUUUAUCAAGCUCGCUUUAUGGACGUUAAAUAUAUGUACAGGUUUUCUACAAAGCGUAGAAAACUUUUAUUAUAUUACCAAAUUAUCUAUCAUAUUAAUACAAAAUUGUUUUUUUGAAAAAACUAUAUUUCAAUAAUGUUUUCCAUAUUCCAGGUAGCGUUCUGUAGAAUGACGAUGAUUCACUUUUUGAAUUUCAAGAUGUCGAAUACUUGUUAAAUGCGUCAAUUGAUAGACCACCGACAGAGCCUACUCCAAGCUGUUCAUCAGGAAUCCCGGUGCAGACUUGCAAAAAAAUGCGCGUGAAAGGGACAACCUUUGAUCUUCAAAGUUCAAAAGAGCAACUUUAGUUGUAUUUACUGGCUGUAUUUAUAAUGUAUUGAAUAUUUUUACGUAGACAAAUUUUCAUAAGUAUUAUCGUAACUAUAAGACUGACGCUUAGUACAAUUACGUACAUAUCAGUAUUUUCAUGAGUAAGUGAGGGGUUUAAAAAUAAAAUGAGAACCAAUGAUAAGUUAUGAGUAAAAUAUGUAUUCUAAUGUUAACUGUUUGUACAAAUUAAAUUCAAUUUUAUUAAA